UGUGAUAUUUUGUCAAAUUCUUGUUUCCCUAAUUGUGAAUUCAGACUACUGUUAUGGCCUAAAUGUUUCAUUCAUAUCACAUGGCCUCCCCUGAAGUGGUACAUUCCGGUCUGCCUGUUUGGCGUUCCUUUUCCCGUUGAAGUAGCAGCCAUGAGCAUGCUCAGGCUCCAGAAGCGGCUGGCUUCCAGCGUCCUGCGCUGCGGAAAGAAGAAGGUCUGGCUGGACCCCAACGAAACCAAUGAGAUCGCCAACGCCAACUCUCGUCAGCAGAUCCGCAAACUGGUGAAGGAUGGCCUCAUCAUUCGCAAACCCGUUACAGUCCACUCCCGGGCCCGCUGCCGCAAGAACACACUGGCACGUCGCAAGGGAAGACACAUGGGCACGGGUAAGAGAAAGGGUACGGCCAACGCCCGCAUGCCGGAGAAGCUGUCCUGGAUGCGCCGCAUGAGGAUCCUGCGCCGUUUGCUGCGCCGCUACAGGGAGUCCAAGAAGAUUGACAGGCACAUGUACCACAGCCUCUACCUGAGGGCCAAGGGUAACGUCUUCAAGAACAAGCGCAUCCUUAUGGAGCACAUUCACAAGCUGAAGGCCGAUAAAGCCCGCAAGAAGCUCCUGGCUGACCAGGCGGAGGCUCGCCGUACCAAGACGAAAGAGGCCCGCAAGCGCAGAGAGGAGCGUCUCCAGGCCAAGAAGGAGGAGAUCAUCAAGAACUUGUCCAAGGAGGAGGAGGUCAAGAAGUGAUCUGGAUCUACCUUUGAUGCCUCCUGUGAAGGGCCGUUAAUAAAAGUGUACAUAAAAACACCAA